AGUAGUGGAGGCGCUUCUCGUGGUUUGCUGGCUACUGCUGACCCAGGGGGUCUUCAUUACAGAAGAGAGGCAGGGCUCCCAGGUCUGGGCAGAGUCCAGGCAGGGAGUUCUUGCCUCGUAACUCUGCUGAGGCAUUUGGGAAUCCACACAACAUGAGGGGCCAUCCUUCCCUGCUCUUAGUCUAUAUGGGAUUGACCACCUGCCUGGACACCUUACCUUAUGAAGAGCAAAACCAAGUUCUUGACAUCUUCCUGAAUCCUCCGGAGGCCCAGAGUUUCCUAGUUGGCCGCAGGCGGGUUCCUCGGGCUAACCACUGGGACCUGGAGUUGCUGACCCCUGGGAACCUGGAGCGGGAGUGUCACGAGGAGAGGUGCUCCUGGGAGGAGGCCCGAGAAUACUUUGAGGAUAACACACUGACGGAACGCUACUGGGAACGUUACACCUACAAUGGCAAGGGAGGGCGUGGACGAGUAGAUGUUGCAGGCUUGGCGGUGGGACUCACCUCUGGGAUCCUGCUCAUCGUCUUGGCUGGCUUGGGAGCCUUUUGGUAUCUGCACUACCGACGGCAGCGCCGACUCAGAGUGCAGGAGUCCAGUCAGCAAGAGACCGGGCUCAUCAGUCCCCUGACUCCCCCGACGCCCUUGUUUCCACCCUUACCUCCAGGCCUUCCCACUUACGAGCAGGCGUUAGCAGCCUCGGGUGUGCAUGACGCCCCUCCGCCCCCUUACUCCAGCCUCAGAAGGCCUCACUGAAGACCUGCUCCGGAACGCGGGCUCCCGAACUGUGCCCCUGAUUAACAGCGGAUUCCGGAAGUCGCUGGGCCUCUUCGACUCCUCAUCAGUGUGUGCGUGGGGGAGUCAGGGUCGUCGGACCCGAGGUCUACAUGACACACGUGUUUCCGCCACGCACGGAUACACGCAUGUCCCUGAUCAUCCUGUUGUGGAGUCCGUGCCCCUACCUCUCGCCCCCCCUUUCCUGAUCAGCGGCCCUGCCUCGGAGUGGGCAGGCUCCUUUAGAAACUUGGACAUGACUCGACUGUCGCCCCACUGGUGUCGUGGGGAGCGUACACGCAGAGAACCAGGCCCAUGCACACCCCCGUCUUCGUGUGUUUCUCCACUCGGGCACCUGGGCGGUUCGUAAUCCAGCAUAAAGGUGGAGGGCGCGUUUGCUAUGUGCUGUAAAAGGGGUGUUAGGAUUGUGUUGCACUAGGGGAAAUGAAGUUGAGCUGAGCGUCUAUCUACCUAAAAACCCUUUGAAAAGGAGAGACUUAAAAGAAAGAAACCCCCCAACUCAAAAUUGAAACAAUUAUAGAAAAAUAAAAAUGAAAACGAACU